AUGGGACAGGCAAAAUGGCUUCACUUGAAGAGCGGGCCCCGCAGGCUUACUGACUUUGGAACAUUUGAUGAUGCGAGUCGCGGUGUUUGGCUGCUGCUUACCAUCGUUAAGUGGAAUCUAGCCACUAUGGAUGCAUUGAUCACGAUCUUGCGACUUUCUUUCGUACCAUUCGCACAGCAGGUGGUUCUGAUUGAGCAGCGAGAUAUUAUCUAUGCUUCUGAUACUGCCACCUUCGGAUAUGCGCAUAAUUAUAGCCAAGAUAUACCGCACGCGUCACUCUUGGUUAACGUGGCCGUCAGUAAGCAUCCAUUUCCAACGCCCUAUACAACGAAAACAAGGAGUACAACUAACACACUUCUGACUAGAGGCUCGACGACUCUCUCCUCCGCCUUCGUUGUCACGACUCUCACGGCAGCUUUCACCUUCCCUGCUGACCCCUUUGCUUCAACGAGAUCUAUGCGCCCUCUUCCCGUCCAAGUCACAGCAGUCCAUAGCCACAGUCCGCCAAUCAAGACAGUUCUCAUCGGCCUCUGUGUCUCGGCAACUCUUCCACCAGCCAUGGCGACCUCAGCUACACUGUCGACAUUAUUCGAGCAGUUUGCUUUAAAGGUUGAGGCGAUUUUGAAAUCAGACAGCGCUCAAGAGGUUCUCCAGUCUAUGCGAGCCCUCGCAGAGAGCCGUGAGUUGCACCUCAUCAGCGAUGGAACGUAUUUUGGAGAUUACCGCGUGGUACCCAUUAUAGGUCCCGCCAACAGUUACAUCCGGCGUCUACAACCACCAUUGAUUAUUGCACCUUCUGGAAUCGAACCAGUGAAGCCGUUGCUCGACGAUCUAUCAUUCGUCCGUAAAUACCUACUUAGCAGUAGUACCGCCAAGGCAGUAGUAGCAUCUCGCAAUCAAUUCGGAUGGCAAAAGCUGAACACUGACUGCAUAUGUCUGCAUGUUGACGACGAUGAAGAGACUAGUAUCAAUGCGUCACUUCCGACUACCGGAGAUCCCAUCCUUACCAUGAAGGUGAAUUUAUCCCGAGUAGGGGACCAUGUAUCCAAGGCGAAACAGUUGCUAGAACCAGUAGACUUGACAGGCCCGGAGGUAAGUGACAGGGAUUACAAAUUUCGGUGCGUCCUCCGUACAGUAAUGCGUCCUCCUCUGGAUAGCCAAUUGAGGCACGGCCAGUCGAUAUCACUCGCCGACCAGGAAGCAAAGGGCUCAAUUGGAGUAUUCGUCACCGAUUGCAGUGAUGGGGGUAGAUAUGCCCUCACUGCGUACCACGUGCUUCCGUUCAAGGAGGCAGACAAUGCACUAGUGAAGACCCCAGGACUACUCGAUGGUCUUGCGCUGCUUUAUGAUGCAGUCAGAGAGAAGGGCCCGGACCGCGUGAAAGAGCUGCUGCGGGUCGAAGGCUGGGACAGCGACUACACGCUGUUAAAACUAGAUGACAGCGUGUCUGGCGUAAACGGCUCGUGGUACAGCUCUGCUAGGCUAUUGGACUGUGUCGCCGAAGCCGAAAGGCCUCAUCCCGAAUUUUUCGGUGUGAAUGGAGUAAUCGGAUGCGCUUAUCUGAAAGGAGGCGAAGUCUGCUAUAAGGAUGGAGCAGCAACGGGUAUCAGUAGCGGAAAGAUUGGAAACUUUGAGUACAUCGAAUAUCUGAAGGGCACUCGUGAUUCUGCGCCUGUAGGCACAUCACGCGAAGACGUCAAUGUGUCAAGGUUCAUAGGUUUCCAUGGUGUAUGCGACAGAGGAGAUUCAGGGUGUGGCGUUUUCAAGCCAAUGCGUGAGAAAGAUGGUUGGGAGUGGACAGGCCAGCUUGUGGCAAUGGCUCACUCAGCUGAAGAUCCACCAAAACCAUCUAUCGGGUUGAUGAUACCAUCAACAAAGGUAUUGAAAGCAUUGGAAAAGACAGUUGGUGGAACCUGGAAGCUGUCUGAACCUGGAAGCUGUCUGAACCUGGAAGCUGUCUGA